CCCAUGCUUCUCCAUUUUUAAUGCCUCCUGAAGUGAUGAUCAUUCCUAAACCAGCAGGUCCACGUAGAUUUUUGACAGCAUUACACACGGCUGUCAAAAAACCUGUAGUAGACCCUUUUUUCGCUCCCAUUGCCACUUCUCCGAUAAGCCCUGGUUUACAUGGCGUCUCACCUUACCUCAACAUGACACAGGAACCAGCUCCGAAAUCCCCUUCUUCCAGACCCGUCGGCGCGUCACGUACCAAUUCCGAUCGAUCUGCGAGGUCUCCAAAAGAAAUGAUGGUUGAGACAUAUAAUCUUGCUCCGCCUUCACCUCUGGGGAUGUCCGACAGUAUCGAGUACUUCCCUGAAACUGGUGUCAAACUUGGCGCAUCUCCGUCUUCUGGGCUUGUCAUUCAAAGUCCUGAUGGUCAGCCAGCAGGCAUUUUCUUCCACCCCCGCGCGAAAAAUACGAGGUCUGUAGCAUCAGGGGGCAUUGGCAUGGAGCGAGACAAGGGUCAAUUUCUUUUACCAUCAGCAGAGCGUCCCAGAAUGGCUGUUGCUCGACGAGCUUCAGAUACUGAUGAGCAUAGUGUUUCAUUUUCAUCGUUACACACUGGUAAUGUGCCUACUGGAUACAGAGAUCAACAGUCAAGUGAAGGUCAACUUCCAGCGUCUCCGGGAUUGAAGACGAAAGGCAAAAAGCCUCUUUCUCCUACGAAAGAGGAGCCUUCUCAUGCAAGAGCGAAACCUCCUGUCUCACCUCCUCCGUCUCGAAGGGCAAGCCCCAUGGAAAUGCGCAAAGCAUCUACUCCUCCAGGGUCACCUUCACAGGAACCAUCUACUAACCCGCCGCCGCGAAGGUCACGACGCGUUCACCCGGAUUCUCAUAAACCAACUUCUCCUACAUCUGCUUCAAAUAAAGCAAAAGGUUCUGCUGACGCUAAUAUCGUUCCACCAAUUAGUGUCUUAAUCGUUGAUGAUAACCCCAUCAAUCAGACUAUUCUUUCUACAUUUAUGAAAAAGAAGAAAAUCAAAUUUGACGUGGCGAAAAAUGGUGAGGAAGCUGUUCAGAAAUGGCACUGUGGUGGUUUCCACCUAAUUUUAAUGGAUAUUCAAAUGCCUGUCAUGGAUGGAAUCGAGGCUACGAAAGAAAUCCGGAGACUGGAAAACUUGAGUGCCUCGUCUGGUUAUACACCUUCAACCCCUCAGUCGGACCUAAACAUUCGGACACCUUCCGAGGCUCCAUCCACAGAGUCGCGAAAUUCUGUGUCACCAUAUCGUUCUUCGGUUAUCAUUGUAGCGCUUACGGCUUCAUCUCUCCAAAGUGAUCGAGUUGCUGCUCUUGCGGCAGGGUGCAAUGAUUUCCUAACCAAACCCGUGUCUCUUCAAUGGCUGAACAACAAGAUUAUUGAAUGGGGCUCCAUCAAGGCGUUACAGAUGUGGGCAGAUCUUAGGCCAGAAGUUGUCAAGACCAUAUCAACCGAACAAACCGUGCAAGCCCAGAAUGUUGCGCGGCGUCUACAUGUACCAGAGGGACGCGUUACGCCAGCCAACUCUCCUAGUCGCUCGUCGUCAUUGGCCAGGAAGAACACCAUUUCGGAAACGGCUGCUCAAGCCAUGUACAAACUUGCAGAUGAUUCACCCGGAGAGACGCCAACGCCACCGGUAAAUAUGGCAGCGAUUUCGGAUAGUACUCUGCCUGCGUCCAGUCCUAGUCCCUCCACGCCGGCCGAGAAUACUGCGUCUCCAGUUACGGAGACACCCGAAGUUAACGCUGAUACACCGACUCCUGAGGCUGUCAUACCACAUUCAGAUGUGGCAGAGGCCAACGGCGACAGCAAACAGGUUGGGCAAUCACCGCCGGCAGAUCUGUCUGUUUCGUCUGAUCCAACCCCACCGAUCACAUCGCAAUGACGGUGGAGGGCGACCUUUGGAGCGCUUGCUUGGUUCACGAUGCCCAUUGUCAUAUCCUUCUAUCUGAAGGUCGCCGCGUUCUUCCGCAAGUAGUUGCAGGAUGAUUCCAUCUUUUUGUUCGUUCUUGGUUUCCAUGGGGGUUUAUAUGUGACAAUCAUCUUUCGAUUCUCUUGCUAUAUACGUAGUGAACAUUUCGCCCUUGCAUUCAUUUGUCAUGUCCACUUAUUUUCUUCGUCUUGGGUGUUCUGGGGUUUAUUUUGGGGACUAACAGUUUGGAGUUAUAUAGUGUGCCGUUGACAAAAUUUCAAACACGAGAUAUGAUCGCCUGGUUUUUACAGUGCGAUGUGACGAAA